AUGGUAGACUAUUAUACAGCUAGUUGUGUCACUGAAGCCAAGGCCGAGGAAGCUGCUAGUGCCGCUGAAGCCAAGGCCGAGGAAGCGGCUAGUGCCGCUGAAGCCAAGGUCGAGGAAGCUGCUAGUGCCGCUGAAGCCAAGGAAGCUGCUAGUGCCGCUGAAGCCAAGGCCGAGGAAGCUGCUAGUGCCGCUGAAGCCAAGGCCGAGGAAGCUGCUAGUGCCGCUGAAGUCAAGGUCGAGGAAGCUGCUAGUGCCGCUGAAGCCAAGGUCGAGGAAGCUGCUAGUGCCGCUGAAGCCAAGGUCGAGGAAGCUACUAGUACCACUGACGCCGAGGCCGAGGAAGCUGCUAGUGCCGCUGAAGCCAAGGCCGAGGAAGCUGCUAGUGCCGCUGAAGCCAAGGCCGAGGAAGCUGCUAGUGUCGCUGAAGCGAAGGCCGAGGAAGCUGCUAGUGCCGCUGAAGCCAAGGCCGAGGAAGCUGCUAGUGCCACUGACGCCAAGGCUGAGGAAGCUGCUAGUGCCGCUGAAGCCAAGACUGAGGAAGCUGCUAGUGCCACUGACGCCAAGGCCGAGGAAGCUGCUAGUGCCGCUGAAGCCAAGGCCGAGGAAGCUGCUAGUGCCACUGACGCCAAGGCUGAGGAAGCUGCUAGUGCCGCUGAAGCCAAGACUGAGGAAGCUGCUAGUGGAUUAAUUAUAAUUCUCUCUGAACGAAGCAUUUUAUAUGAAAUGUUGUUCACUAUUCGUGUGGCUGGCGACGUCAGGCACUUCACCGCUAACAACUCUGGUGUUUUGUGUAUGAAGGCGGGAGACCCACGAGCCCCCCUCAAGACCCAACACCUCCACCAGGACGCCGGGAGACCCACGAGCCCCCCACAAGAACCAACACCUCCACCACAGGACGCCGGGAGACCCACGAGCCCCCCACAAGACCCAACACCUCCACCAGGACGCCGGGAGACCCACGAGCCCUCCACAAGAACCAACACCUCCACCAGGACGCCUGGAGACCCACGAGCCCCCAAGAACCAACACCUCAAGACCCAACACCUCCACCACAGGACGCCGGGAGACCCACGAGCCCUCCAGAAGACCCAACACCUCCACCAGGACGCCGGGAGACCCAUGAGCCCUCCACAAGAACCAACACCUCCACCAGGACGCCGGGAGACCCACGAGCCCUCCACAAGAACCAACACCUCCACCACAGGACGCCGGGAGACCCACGAGCCCCCCACAAGAACCAACACCUCCACCAGGACGCCGGGAGACCCACGAGCCCUCCACAAGACCCAACACCUCCACCAGGACGCCGCCCAACAACACACCGCUGGAUCUUAA